AUGGCCGAGUCAUCACCUCGUGCGGUUCGUUUUCAAGGCAGUGAAGACGAUGGCCGCCCGGACAAGGCCCGAGGCCAUCGGCUUGAAACUCCCAUCGAAUCCAACGGCGAUCCUCAUGCGAUAGAAAGACACGACGAACUGGGCAAUCUGAUUCGAUACGAGGCAACGGGCCACACAGGAUCUCUAACUUCAUUGGCUACUGGGACGGUCAUUAAUGGUGUCUCCAAAGCUCAGCGAGGCCCGGCUGGUGGUGAUGAUGGCGCUGCCUACACGCCCAACGGCUCCUGGCCCCAGCGACCAUUAGGGCCUGCCCGGACACCAUCGAACACGUAUAAUCCUGCCACGUCAAGAAAGCCAGCUCACCCACCAGCCACACCAUCUUUCACAGAGUCUAUCCGAUCGUCGUCUAAAACACGCCCACGGAACGAAAGCAGGUUCCGUGCACAAGAGCGAGCAUAUGUACAGAAACUCCGACAAGAUUACAGUGGAGGAUAUUUUACGUCGUAUUCCGCUCUCAACGGAAAUGAUUCGGACUCGGAAGGGGAGACCCCUUCAUCGGAGGGCCCUUAUGACGACCGUUUCGACCAGGAGACUAUUAUGUUCUACGGCAAUGACACUCUUCAACCCACAGAUGAGGAUCUGAAAGACCCAGAUAACCGCGAAAGGCUCGAGUGGCAUGGCAUGCUGGAGGCUGUCCUUACCGGAGACGUAGUACGGCAAGAAAAGAAACGGUUGAUUGGAUCUGCAGACCAGCAGGCUGGGAAAAGCGCUCACAAGACCGAACUGUGGCUAGGCAUCCGCUCCAAAGUUUGUGGAAGGCAUAUUCCAGUCCAAAGACGUAUGUUGGAGGAAUCUCGAUCGACGCUCGACCGCACUCUCGACGAAAUCAUCAACUUUCAAAUAAAAGGCGAGAGCGAGGCUGGAAAACCACCGUACGAACAGGUUAAAGACAUGGUGGCUAAGAUCCAGAUGUGUGAGAAUCUGUAUCCUUCUUGGGCUGCACUCGCAGCGGAGCAUAAGGCAGCAGAUUCUGCUGCGUUCAAGGAGUCGCAUGAUUCCAUUAUCUCGUGGUAUAAUACCAACGAAAUGAUCAAUACCGAACUGAAUAUCUUGAAGAAGUGGGUUGGGAACGAAGAGCUCGAUUUUACACGCACUAAGCAGCGAUCGCCCGCUGUUAACGGUAUCAACAACGACGAAACCUCAUUCCUUGAUCGACUGAUGAAGGAAGACGGCCUCCAGUCACUUUACAACGACGACAAUGGAAACCUAGAAAAGGGAAUGCUUGCGCCUAUAUCCACAGUUAUCAGCAAGGCGAAGGAUACUCUUAUUAGGAAUUCUGAGGCCUUUCGCAAACGCCAUCUUCCACCCUACCUCGAGGAGCUUCUCACUCUGAUCAGUUUCCCCUCGCGCCUCAUCGAAGAGAUCACCCGGAUGCGUCUCGCUUAUGCUAGGAGAGUUAAGGAGUCUGCCCAGCAAAAUCCUUUGAUGCAAGACCAGAUGAUCUCUCAGUUUCAGCUACUGCUCAAGUUUGCCAUACGAAUCAAGAUUGAGUGUACUUCCAUUGCGAACCCCGAGCCAGGUUGGGAUCUGCCGCCCUGCAUCGAUGAAUCUUUCGAUCAAGUCGUAUUGGAAGCGUUGAAGUACUACUUCAAGAUGCUAAACUGGAAGCUGAGCGGAAACAAAAACACUUUCAAAGAAGCCGAACUCUUGUUCCAGGAGUGGGACUUUGCCAACGAGAUCGGUAGUCACCUGCAGCGUGGCCACAUUGAGGUUGCAGAGCAAUUCAGUUCAUUGACGUUCAAGGCGUUGCACAGACUUAGCCAGACUUUUGAGAAAGAACUGCAAGCGAAACCGAAGGAGACCGCGACUGAAAUGAGCAAGCGUUAUAAGGCCUGCCUUGAUUCCGUGCGCGUUCGUCAGCGAAUGCUUCAGCGAUUCACUCGAAUGCUGAACGACAACUACGAGCACGCCUCUGACUACAGCAUUUCAUUCCCACCCGAAACCAUGCAAAAGUUUUAUGAUCAAUUAGUUGCUUCCGGCCACUUCCAAGUGGACACACGUCUUCUCGAACAGGAUAAUGUCUACGUGGUUGCGUCCCCGGAGUUACGUGAGCGGCUUGAAGAUAUCCAGGCCAUGAUGGCUAUCACAUCCAAAGAUCAAUUUCCCGAUGAGCUCGGAGAACAAUAUCUUCUUAUACUUCGACCGGAGGAUCCGCUUAACUGGUUUGGUGAAACGAUCGAAGUACCACUUCGUGAUUUGAACAUUGAUUUGAAGCGUGGCCACAUUCGACUCUGUGCUUCCAGCCCUCAGGCCCUACACAAUGCACGAAGAGCUUUCAUUGAAAAUGUCGAUAUGCAUGUUGAUCUCGUUCAGGAAGCGCGAUCCAACAUACAAAAGGUCAAUUCAAGGUUAACAGAGAUCAGGCGGGUGGCCUACAAGCUUUCCAACAACUUCAUGGACAGUGUGGAGAUUAUCAGAAAACAAGCCAGAGGCAAAGAUUGCCAGGAACUCAUCCAAACAUGCUUCGUUUUCGCCACAGAAUUCGGACAGCGCUCGUUGCUUUACAUGGAUAGCAACAGACGGCAGAUGAACAACCUCAAGUUGACAAAACUUGCCCUUGACUGGGUCAGCUUCAUCUGCGAUGAUUGUGUCGCAUCAGAUCGAAAGACGUUCCGUUGGGCUGUACUCGCGCUCGAAUUAGCCAUGGGCAUGACACGAGGACGCCACAUUCUAGCCCUCGGUGAAGACGAGUAUGCCAAGCUUCGUUCGAAGGUUGCUGGAUGUAUGUCCCUUCUCAUCUCCCACUUUGAUAUCAUGGGAGCCAGGUCAAAUUUGGCGGCCCAAGCCGAGAAGGAGCGGAUCGAGGCACUGGUUGGACAGUUCCGAAAGCUUGACAAGAACCGAAUGAUGAAUGAUGAGGAGGCCUCUCGAUGCGUUACAGAACAGCGUAUGGAGGAGCUCUCAAGGGUGGACGAAUACCGAUGCGAGAAGAUUGCUGAACGACAAGGAGUUGGAAGAGUACUGGAAGGUAAUAACGAGGUUGACCGGUCGCUGGCAUACCUUUCGUCUUCGGCAACCAACGUCACAAUGCGUUGGCAACAAGGCCAAUUCGUUGGAGGCGGCACGUUUGGUAACGUCUACGCUGCUAUGAACCUUGACACUGGCCACCUGAUGGCUGUCAAGGAAAUUCGACUUCAGGACCCCAAGUUAAUACCCCAGGUCGCCGAACAGAUCAGGGAGGAGAUGGGUGUACUAGAAGUAUUAGACCACCCCAACGUCGUCUCAUAUUAUGGUAUCGAAGUUCAUCGCGAUCGAGUAUACAUUUUUAUGGAGUUCUGCUCGGGAGGGUCGUUGGCCAGUCUUUUGGAGCAUGGUCGAAUCGAGGACGAGCAAGUCAUCAUGGUUUACGCGCUCCAACUUCUCGAGGGUCUUGUCUACCUGCACGAAAGUGGCAUUGCCCACCGAGACAUCAAGCCCGAAAAUAUUUUACUCGACCAUAACGGAAUCAUCAAGUAUGUGGACUUUGGUGCCGCCAAGGUGAUUGCUCGACAAGGGCGCACACUUGCCGGAGAUGUACAGGCGUCCAUGCCGAACCGAUCCAUGACAGGAACGCCGAUGUACAUGUCACCUGAGGUGAUCAAGGGCGAGAACCCUGGUAAGCCCGGGUCUGUCGACAUUUGGUCCUUGGGCUGUGUCAUCCUAGAAAUGGCUACGGGCAGGAGGCCUUGGGCGCAACUGGACAACGAGUGGGCAAUCAUGUACAAUAUUGCUCAAGGAAACCCACCCCAGCUGCCACCCCCGGAUCAACUCAGCCCUCAAGGACUCGACUUUUUGAAGAGAUGUUUCACGAGAGAUCCCCGAAAUCGAUCAUCAGCUGUUGAACUGCUACAACACGAAUGGAUUACAUCUAUCCGAAGUCAGGUUGUAGAGCCCGCGACACCAAGCGACACAAGCAGCUCGGCACAGUCGACGCCUACUGUUGGUUCAGUAUCGAGCAGGCUUGGAGGGUCUGAUGGCUUUUACUAG